AUGGGCAAUAACCUGGCUCGCGUGGUCUUCCAGCCUCCUCAAGCUUCGUAUGGCAAAGAUCCAAACCUCUUUUGGCUGACGACCUCCAGAGAGGAGGUCAUUCCUGCCUUCUACGUCCGGCGACAGGAUGCCAGUUUCACCUUGCUCUUCAGCCACGGCAAUGCCGAAGACCUGGGGCUGAUUAUCCGGUACUUUCGAGAGCUGAGUCACAUCUUGCAUGUCAACGUUUUUUCCUACGAGUAUACAGGGUAUGGCAUGAGCACCGGCCAGCCACAGGAGGCAGCGGUGUACGCGGAUAUCGAAGCUGCCUUCAAGUACUUGAGGGAUGAGCUUCGCAUUCCUUGGACCCAGAUUGUGCCUUACGGCCGAUCGAUUGGGACAGCGCCUUCCAUCCAUUUGGCCACGCAGACCCCGGUGCGUGGCGUGAUACUGCAGAGCCCAAUGGUGUCAAUCUACAGAAUACCAUUCCGUUUGCGCUUCACGCUUCCCGGAGAUGUCUUCACCAACAUUGACAAAAUCGGCAAUGUGUGCUCUCCGGUGUUCAUCAUCCACGGCACAAGGGAUGAGAUAGUUCCUGUUUGGCAUGGUCAGGCCCUGUACCACACAUGCGUGAAAAAGGGCAUUGCUUACGAUGCUUUUGUCAUCGAGGGUGCAGACCACAACAAUCUGGAGAUGCAGGCUGGCGAUGCUUUCUACGAUAGGCUUUCGCGCUUUCUAGAGCACUUGAAGCGCACGCCCAUCUCCGAAAAGUUGCAGCGGCAGGUGGACCAAGCCAGAAUUUGA